UUUAUUAGCAAACAUUCAUAAGUUGCAAUAUUCUUCAUUUACUGCGAAAGUACUUAUCGAUUCUUAUAGGAUACCUUUGCCGUUACAAUGUAAUCAUUUUUGCCCUGGCAAAGUCAAUAACUCGUUUCGAAAUCUUAAUAACCGAUUAUUUCUUAGUAAUCAGUGGCGUCAUUUGUGCAAUGAGGUAAAGGCUGUAAAUAAGUUAGUUAUAACUUCUCCAUAUUUACGUCAUACGCGGAAUUUUCAUAUGAGCAGUCAAAGAUAUAAAAAUGAAGGGCAGAAAGAUUCCAAUAAACAAGACGACGAAAAGAAUAAAAUGAAGUCAGUUCUAGCAAAGGCUUUUCUAUGGAUGCUCACAGGGUAUAUGGUAAUAGCAAUUCUGUCUACCAUAUUUCCCAACAAACAACGUGAUCAACUUGUUCGAUACAUAUCUUGGAAUGAGUUUUAUCAUCAUAUGCUAUCCAGAGGUGAAGUUGAACAAAUUAUUGUUCGACCUGAUUUAGAUGUUGUUACAAUAAUACUUCAUGAAGGCGCCGUCAUAAAAGGAAGGCGUUUAGAAACUAGAACAUUUCACAUGAGUGUAAUUGAUCCUCAGAAAUUCGAAGACAAGCUCAGAAAUGCAGAGGCUUCGUUAGGAAUAAAAGAAGGUAUACCAAUCACUUAUGAAAGAAAUGCUGAUUUGCCUGGUAAAUUGUUCAUAACAAUAUUAAUUGGUGCUGUUAUAUUAUCUCUUUUAUCCAGAGGUAAGACUUUUAAACCUCCUACGAUGGACACCUUCACUCAAAUGGGGAGAGCCAAAUUCACUUUAGUAGAUCCUGUUAAUACAACUGGAAAAGGUGUGUUAUUUAAAGAUGUAGCAGGAUUGCAAGAAGCAAAGCAGGAAGUUAUGGAAUUUGUAGAUUACUUGAAAAAUCCUGAACGAUACAAAACAUUAGGAGCUAAGGUGCCAAAAGGUGCACUGCUUCUUGGACCUCCUGGAUGUGGUAAAACUAUGCUUGCUAAAGCAGUAGCAACUGAAGCGCAGGUACCGUUUCUCUCUAUGAAUGGUUCAGAAUUUAUAGAAAUGAUUGGUGGUCUAGGGGCUGCCAGAGUACGAGACUUGUUCAAAGAAGCUGCUAAAAGAGCUCCAUGUAUUAUAUAUAUUGAUGAAAUUGAUGCAAUAGGCCGCCAAAGGGGAGGCGAUAUGCCAAGCGGAGGCACUGGCGGCCCAGGAUCAGGAGAGUCUGAACAAACCUUGAAUCAAUUGUUAGUUGAAAUGGAUGGCAUGGCUAGUACUGAAGGUGUGCUAAUGUUGGCUUCGACAAAUAGAGCUGAUGUUUUAGAUAAAGCACUUCUGCGUCCUGGUCGAUUUGAUAGACAUAUUGUGAUAGAUCUUCCAAAUUUAGCUGAACGUAAAGAAAUUUUUGUACGCCACCUCUCACCAAUAACAUUAGAGAAAACUCCAGAAUUUUAUGCUCCGCGCUUAGCUCCAUUAACACCAGGGUUUUCAGGUGCAGAUAUUGCUAAUGUUUGCAAUGAAGCUGCAUUACAUGCUGCUAAAAAUAAAGAACAAGUUACAGCACAAGAUUUAGAGUAUGCAGUUGAAAGAGUUGUAGGUGGUACUGAAAAGAGAACACAUGCCAUGUCUCCUGGUGAGAGAAAAACAGUUGCGUAUCAUGAAGCAGGACAUGCAUUAGUAGGAUGGCUGCUAAAACAUACUGAUGCACUGUUAAAAAUUACUAUAGUACCUCGUACCAACCUAGCCUUAGGAUUUGCAAUGUAUACACCUACUGAUCAAAAGUUAUUUUCAAAAGAAGAAUUAUUUGAAAGAAUGUGCAUGGCUUUAGGAGGACGAGUUGCAGAGUCAUUAACAUUUAACAAAAUCACUACUGGUGCUCAGAAUGACUUAGAAAAAGUAACAAAAAUGGCUUAUGCACAAGUCCAACAGUAUGGAAUGUCUGAAGCUGUAGGUUUGGUUAGUUUCCCAGAAAAGGAUGAUGGGGCUAUGUUUCAAGGUAAAAAGCCAUAUAGUAAAACAUUAGCGACUUUGAUCGAUUGUGAAGUUAACAAUUUAGUUACCAAAGCAUAUCUUAAAACAGAAGAAGUGCUCAAGGCGAAUAAAGAUAAAUUAGAAUUACUUGCUGAAACACUAUUAAAACAAGAAACUUUAAAUUACGCAGAUGUAGAGAAAUUAAUUGGGCCACCACCAUAUGGUCCUAAGAAACUUAUAACGCCUGAUGAAUUCGAUGAUGUCACACCACUAAAUAAGAAAGAAAACACUGAUGAAAAAGAAUCUAAAGUGUAAACAUAAUGUAUAUUUUCCUAAAGUAAUUAUGAAUGCCUAUCAGAGUUGUUUUGUGUAUUAAAAUAAUAAUAUAUUUAUUUAAGUUUUAUACAUUGCUAAUAUUAUUUCAUUGUUUUUCACAGCCUACCAUGA